AUGACAUCCAAAGAGGUGGCCAAAUGUGAUGCAGUGGAAAACAGGAGGCGAAGUCCGCUGGACCACUUGCCGCCUCCUGCCAACUCCAACAAGCCGCUGACCCCCUUCAGCAUCGAGGACAUCCUCAACAAACCCUCUGUGAAACGAAGUUACACAAUUUGCGGCACGGCUCAUCUAAUUUCGUCCUCUGAGAAGCACCGUCCGUCCAGCAUCCCUCUGUCCAGCCGGGCUCUCCUCACCCAGACCUCCCCGCUCUGCGCGCUGGAGGAGCUGGCCAGCAAGACCUUCAAGGGGCUGGAAGUCAGCGUGUUACAGGCUGCGGAAGGCCGGGACGGGAUGACUCUGUUCGGCCAGAGAACCACCCCGAAGAAGCGUCGGAAGUCUCGGACGGCGUUCACCAAUCACCAAAUCUACGAGCUGGAGAAGCGCUUCCUGUACCAGAAGUACCUGUCCCCCGCAGACCGGGACCAGAUCGCGCAGCAGCUGGGACUGACGAACGCGCAGGUCAUCACGUGGUUUCAGAACCGGAGGGCCAAGCUAAAACGGGACCUGGAGGAGAUGAAGGCCGACGUAGAGUCGGCCAAGGCCAUAGGCCAGGUCCCCUUGGACAAGCUCGCCAAGCUGGCAGACCUGGAGAAAUGCGCCAACGGCACACUGGGCCACCCGCGAGCCGAAUCCCCCGCGCGGGGAGGCCAGCAGGAGCACGAGCUCGCUCAGAAACUGCGGACGUCGCCGCUGUCUCCGUUCUCAGACCACACAACUAGUAAAGAGUGCUCAGAGGACGAGGACGUGGAGAUUGAUGUGGAUGACUGA